AUGACGUCCAACACCAGCGACUUCUUCACUCAGCAUGGGGAGUCACAAUUUUCCCAAGGUAUCGAGGACCUCAUGUUUGGACCGUCCUCCGCUGGAGGGGCUGGUAACGGUCACCAGAACGGUGGGCCCCUGGGGGCUAGGCAAACAGCAGACAAUACGGGUUUGAGGGCCGACACUAUGACUGAUUUCCUGGAUGUGGACGUAUCUACUAAAGGGAAAACUCAGGAGAUGGAGUUGACUCUGGACCAACACGCCUUUCCGAGAGAGUCCAAGCACAGGAUGUGGGCGGACGACUCUGACUCCGACGAAGAUGAUAAUGAUGACAUGGACGAUGCUGCUACUGGGAUGGACCAUAGUCAACCAGGCUUCAAUGGUACUCAUGGCCAUCAUCAUCAUCAUGGUCGCUAUAUGGGGAUAGAGUCUGACGGUUUCGACCCAUCGACCUUGCCNNNNCUAGGGGCCUCCCUGCUGGAGUGUUAUGUAUGCGGCAAUACGAACGUCUUCGUGUUGGGCUUCAUACCGUCCAAGACUGACAGUGUCGUCGUCCUUAUAUGCCGAGAGCCGUGCUUGGGGUCCAACACACUCAAGGACGAUGAGUGGGAUAUCUCCAUGUGGCAACCCUUGAUUGAGGAGAGAGCGUUCCUACCAUGGCUGGUGAAGAUCCCAACGCCAGAGGAAGAGGUUAAGUACACGCGGCCCAUCACUAACUCGCAGAUCAACAGGUUGGAGGAGCUAUGGAGAGAAGGAAAGGAAAGCGCCACUGUAGUGGAUUUGGCUAAGCCAGGCACGGCAGCUGCUGAGGAGGAGCUCCCUGUUGUUCGCAAUACGUACCCUGAUGCCUAUGUGUAUCAGAACACUUUUGGACCGUUGGUCGAGAUGGAAGCGGUUUAUGAUAAGGAAGUGAAGGAAAGUCAGGCGAAGCAUGAUAUUAAACUGCGAUGGGAUCUCAAUAUGGGCAACAGGAGGUGUGCAUACUUCCCGGUCUUUACCAGAGAGGAGACGGCUGGUGCCAAGUUGGUGCCAGGGGAUGAGAUCAGGCUGAAGCUGGCUGACUGGGGCUCUGAUAAUGAGGGUUGGAUCGGUGUUGGACAUGUGACGAAGUUGAUGCAGAGUAGUGAGGAGGUCUGUGUGGAACUGCGUCCUCAGUAUAGUCACCAGAAGGGCCCAUGGGACAUCACCAGUGGGUACACUGUGGAAUUUGUAUGGAAAGCAACGAGCUUCGAUAGGAUGCAGAAUGCAUUGAAGGCGUUUGCUGUGGAUGACACCAGCGUAUCGGGCGUGAUAUACCACAUGCUACUAGGCCAAGCCAUCGAGACCAAUACGACUAUUAGGAUUCAUAACCCGCCGAAGAACUGGACGGCGCCCAACCUCCCACAGCUCAAUCACAGUCAAGUUCAGGCAGUUCAGAAGGCUCUAGAGCAGCCUCUAUCGCUGAUUCAAGGGCCUCCUGGUACCGGCAAGACGGUGACUUCAGCGACUAUUAUUUAUCACUUAGCACGUCAGCAUCAGGGACAGGUCCUUGUGACGGCUCCCUCGAAUAUCGCCGUUGAUCAGCUGGCCGAGAAGAUCCAUCUUACUGGGCUUAAGGUCGUGCGUAUUUUGGCCAAGUCGCGAGAGUGUCUGUACUCUCCUGUGGAGUUCCUAUCGUUACAUACGCAAAUACGUAAUAUGCGUACACCGCAAGCUAAGGAGUUUAAGAAGCUGUUUGAUUUGAAGGAAGAAGUAGGGGAGCUGACCUCCAGUGAUGAGAAGCGUUUCAGGAUCCUCAGGAGCCAGGUCGAACGUGAACUGCUUGAGAAUGCUGAUGUUAUUUGCACGACUUGUGCAGGGGCUGGCGAUCCUCGACUAGGGAAGCUGCGUUUUAAGAUGGUCUUGGUGGAUGAGGCGACGCAGGCCUGUGAGCCAGAGGCGCUCAUUCCUAUCUGUAACGGUGCUAAGCAGGUGAUACUGGUUGGUGACCAUAAGCAGCUCGGCCCAGUGGUGAUGUGUAAGAAGGCGGCGAAGGCUGGCUUUAAGCAGUCCCUGUUUGAACGUCUUAUCGCCCUUGGCGUUCGACCAAUCCGGCUUGAAGUGCAGUACCGUAUGCAUCCGAGCCUUGCGGAAUUCCCGAGUCAAACCUUCUACGAUGGCUGCCUACAGAAUGGCAUUACUAUGGAAGAUCGACAGGUCUCUGGUGUGAAGUUCCCAUGGCCCAGGGAGGAGAUGCCGAUGUUCUUCUACAAUUCUACAGGCCAGGAAGAGAUAUCGGCUUCUGGCACAUCCUAUCUCAACCGAUCUGAGGCUAUCAACAUCGAGAAGAUAAUUACUUACUUCCUUAGGGCGGGUCUGAAGGGUUCCCAAAUAGGCGUGGUGACUCCCUACGAAGGACAGAGAGCGUACAUUCAGCAAGUUCUGCAGAGGCAGACUACCUUGAGUGCCAAGAUGUAUGAAAGCAUUGAGAUUGCUAGUGUUGAUGCAUUCCAAGGUCGAGAGAAGGACUUUAUCGUUUUAUCGUGUGUUCGAUCGAACCAGAGGGCUGGCCUUGGAUUCCUCAAUGAUCCCCGACGUCUCAAUGUUGCCCUAACGAGAGCUCGGUAUGGUCUCGUGAUAUGCGGUAAUGCACAAGUUCUCGCAAGGGCAACUACCGUUGGCCAUCAGGGCAGAGGUAGAAUGACUGUCAUUCGUUCCAUGCCGUCCGUGUGGAAUGGACUCUUGUCGCACAUGAAGAAGUUCGACCUCAUCGUUGAAGGACCCCUCUCGGCCCUACGUCAGAGUCAUGUAGGUUGGCUCUAG